CUGUCAGGCUGGAAAGUGGAAACUGUAACCAUUUCGUUUACUACUGAUAUUUAAUGUAUUUCAUGAAAUAAUUCCACAUAACAAUAAUGUUGGAAGGUGUCAAACGUGUCAUUUUAGUGCUUUCAGGUAAAGGUGGCGUAGGGAAAUCUACAGUUAGUACACAGCUAGCUUUGACACUCAAAGAAAAAGGGUAUAAGGUCGGGCUCUUAGAUAUAGACUUAUGUGGGCCCAGUGUGCCCUAUCUGCUGAAUCUAGAAAACCAAAGUGUUCACCAAGGUCCUCAUGGUUGGAUACCAGUAUAUUUGGACAAAGAGCAGAGAUUAGGCGUAAUGUCCAUUGGUUUUCUACUUAAUUCCCGGAAUGAUGCUGUGGUGUGGAGAGGGCCAAAAAAGACUUCAAUGAUCAAACAGUUUUUGGAAGAUGUGUGCUGGCAGGACUUGGAUUUUCUAGUGAUUGAUACUCCACCAGGAACUUCAGAUGAACACAUAACAGUGAUGGAAAACCUACGACAGGUGCCACAAUGUUCAGCUGUAUUAGUAACCACCCCACAGCAGGUCGCUAUUGAAGAUGUCCGGAAAGAAAUCACAUUCUGCAAUAAAACAGGGAUACCUAUAUUUGGCAUAGUAGAAAAUAUGAGCGGUUAUGAAUGCCCAAAUUGCAGUGAAUGUACGAAUAUAUUCUCCAGCGGUGGUGGUCAGUCACUCGCAGAAUAUGCAAAGAUACCUUAUUUGGGCAGCAUUCCCAUUGACCCCAGAGUGGGCAGUUUAGCAGGCGAGGGAAAAGCGGCCAUCAAGGAAUUACCAGAGUCGAAAACAAGUAAAGUUUUUACCGAUUUGGUUACUCAAUUAACUGAAUCUUCUAAAAAUGGCGAUAUGAAGUGACA